AAAAAAAACGAACAAUAACUUUAAAACACUGCACAAAACAUAUACCCAACUCAAUUAAAAUUAUUACAUCCCAUAAAUCAAUUAAUUAAACGCACAUAAAAAUCAACUGAUAAUGCGACGGCAAAUGGCAUAAAAAAAAUAAAAAUACAGUGCUUGAUAAAAAAUUGGAAAGUGCAACACAAGCAGCUUUUUUUAAGCACACAAAGUGUUACAAGUGAAGUGGCUGUUGAAAAAACACAUUGUGCAAAGUUAAAGUUUGCACAAAAAGUGGCUUAAUUUUAUACAAAGCGAAAUUUAUAGAAAUAUUGGCAGCGUGWGUGCCUGAAAGCGCCACAGUUCGUGCAAAACCUUCAAAAGAUCAAGCAAAUUACAGUGCGUCUUCUUAAACCAUUAAUCCGACGCGUUUGUGUGUGCAUGAAAAUUUUUUGAAUUGCCAAUACUGUCAAUGUGAGUUUGUGCUAUAAUUUUUGUGCUAUAAAAAUUUCAUUGAUGUGCUGAAAUUCUAACAGAUGAAAAUAUGAAUUACCAAAAAGGUAAAACACGUCAUUUCACGGUGAACGGUUUUAAUACGCAUGUACAGCAGCAACCGCAACAACAACAAGUCCAACUGCAAAACCAGAGUGACGUGCGUAAUAUUUACAAUAAUCCUUAUACGCCACCAACAGCACCGACAACAACAUUGAGCCAACAGCAGCAGCAAACACAUCGUUUGCAGCAGCAGCAACAACAACAGCAAUUGUUGUACAAGUCUAUUGCCAGCGGUGUUGUUGGAAAUAGUGGCACGAAUCAAUACGAUUACCCACCAACGGCAGCGAGUGAACAUCAGCAUCAGCUACAACAGCAGCAACAACAAUUGCAACAGCAACUUCAGCUACAACAACAGCAGCAGCAACAACAACAAUUGAGCAACGUCUUGGAAGCUGACAAUAACACCUUCACCAGUCAUAAUAAAGUGCAGAUUUCCGGCGAGAUUCCCAAUUAG